GCCGGCUCAGUCUCUGAGUGGCGGCGGUGGAGAGUGGUUGGCUGGUUAGCGUCUGUGCUGCUCCUCGCAUCGCUGUCAUGUCCCUCCGCAGCAGCGUCGCCCGGCUUCUGAAGCAGCGAGCGGGCUCCACGCUGAAGGUGCAGAGGAGGCCGGCGCACUCGGUGGCCCUCAUCGGGGCCCCUUUCUCCCGGGGGCAGAAGAAAAGCGGAGUGGACCAUGGCCCCACCGCCAUCAGGGACGCAGGGCUGGCGGGCAGGCUCUCCCGCAUGGGUUGCCAGGUAUAUGAUCUGGGAGAUUUAAGUUUCACACAGGUGCCCAAUGAUGAGCUCUAUAACAACCUAGUGAAAUAUCCACGCUCUGUAGGAUUAGCUAACCAAGUUCUAGCUGACACAGUGAAUGGAGCAGUGGCUGCUGGUCAUAGCUGUGUAACCAUCGGAGGUGACCACAGUUUAGCACUUGGUUCCAUCAGUGGCCAUACAAGGCAUUAUCCACACCUAUGUGUAAUCUGGGUUGAUGCACAUGCUGAUAUCAAUACUCCACUCACCACUAUGUCAGGAAAUCUCCACGGACAGCCAGUUUCGUUUCUUUUAAGGGAGCUUCAAGAUAAGGUGCCACAGCUUCCUGGAUUUUCUUGGCUAAAACCCUGUCUUUCACAGUCAGAUAUUGUAUAUAUUGGCUUAAGGGAUGUUGAUCCUGCUGAACACUAUAUCCUGAAGAAAUAUGGUAUCCAGUAUUUUUCAAUGAGAGAUAUUGAUUGCUUGGGAAUCCAGAAAGUGAUGGAAAGAACUUUUGACCACCUUUUGGGCAGAGGACAAAGACCAAUCCAUCUGAGCUUUGACAUUGAUGCCUUUGAUCCAACACUGGCACCAUCAACAGGGACGCCUGUCUUGGGUGGCUUAACAUAUCGUGAAGGAAUGUACAUUUCAGAGGAAAUACACAACACAGGCCUUCUUUCAGCACUGGACCUUGUAGAGGUAAAUCCAUUACUUGGAAGUUCACAGCAGGAAGUGACUGCAACAACUAAUCUUGCAGUAGAUGUGAUUGCCACAUGCUUUGGCCAAACAAGAGAAGGAGCACACAUUGUUUUUCAUGAUCUCCCAAAGCCCAAUUCACCAGAUGAAUCUGACAGUGAAGAGCAAGUACGGAUUUAAGACCUUAGGUGUCAGCGGAUGCCUCACAAUGGGCAUUAUAUAAAGCACUGCUGAUCUACUCAAAUGGACAUGCGAAGAGCUGACUGAAUUACCCUCUGAAAUGUUCACCAAUUUUGCAGAGACUAGUUCUUUUUUUUUUCAUUGUGUGACCAAACUGUUGCACUGAUAGUUAGGCAUGUCAGCUUAGACAAAUGUUUAUUACUUUCUUAUUAUACAAUUUUAUGUGAAA